AUGGACGUCGCCGUGCUCAGGUAUCUCGAACCGUCCAAAUCAAGCCAAGAGGAGGAUCAUCUGUUCGAGAACCGUAUAUGGAUACCGGAUCCAGAAGUUGGCUACAGACUGGCAUCGAUACUUGACGAUGGUCUAAAUGAUGUGCUAGUCGGAUUCCGAGAUGAGCAAGGCUUUUUUGAAAAGGCUCGUGAUACUCAGACAGUUCGUUCAUACUGA